CUCUUCAGUCGGGCCCGCCCCCCGGGUCUAGUACCGCCUCUUCCGCGUUCUCGGCGGAGCGAUCUGCGGGUGGGGGUGCGCGCGGCCGGUCCCGCGAAGAGUCAGCUGCGGUCAAGGCGGGACGGCGAGAUUUUCAUGCCAGAUACGAUGAAGCAGAGGCCGAUGGAGAGUUGAGGAAUGUCUGCUACGUACAGAGGCCAUUGAAACGCUUCCUGCAGCUGGAAGACAGCAACCUCCUGACAGAAGCAUUAUUUUAUUUGGAAUUUCAAGUUUACAGAGGAUUCGCUUCUCAAAAGUUGGACAAACUAUAGAGAUGGGCAGCAGUGAACCCCUUCCCAUUGCAGAAAGUGACAAGGGGAGGAAGAAGAAGAAGCGGAAGGCCCGGGCCACUGACUCCUUGCCAGGAAGGUUUGAAGAUACGUACAAGCUGACCUCUGAAUUGCUUGGAGAGGGAGCCUAUGCCAAAGUUCAAGGUGCCGUGAGCCUGCAGAAUGGCAAAGAGUAUGCUGUCAAAAUCAUCGAAAAACAAGCAGGGCACAGUCGGAGUAGGGUAUUUCGAGAGGUGGAGACGCUCUAUCAGUGUCAAGGAAACAAGAACAUUUUGGAGCUGAUUGAGUUCUUUGAAGAUGACACAAGGUUUUACUUGGUCUUUGAGAAAUUGCAAGGAGGCUCCAUCCUGGCCCACAUCCAGAAGCGGAAGCACUUCAAUGAGCGAGAUGCCAGCCGAGUGGUGCGGGAUGUUGCUGCUGCGCUUGACUUCCUGCACACCAAAGGCAUUGCUCACCGUGAUCUGAAGCCAGAAAAUAUAUUGUGUGAAUCUCCAGAAAAGGUGUCUCCAGUGAAAAUCUGUGACUUUGACUUGGGCAGUGGGGUGAAAUUGAACAACUCCUGCACCCCUAUAACCACACCAGAGCUGACCACUCCGUGUGGCUCUGCAGAGUACAUGGCCCCCGAGGUGGUAGAGGUCUUCACGGAUGAGGCCACAUUCUACGACAAGCGCUGUGAUCUCUGGAGCCUGGGCGUGGUCCUCUACAUCAUGCUGAGUGGCUACCCACCCUUUGUAGGUCACUGUGGGGCCGACUGUGGCUGGGACCGGGGAGAGGUCUGCAGUGUGUGCCAGAACAAGCUGUUUGAGAGCAUCCAGGAAGGCAAGUAUGAGUUUCCUGACAAGGACUGGGCACACAUCUCCAGUGAGGCCAAAGACCUCAUCUCCAAGCUCCUGGUUCGAGAUGCGAAGCAGAGACUGAGCGCUGCCCAAGUUCUGCAGCACCCAUGGGUGCAGGGGCAAGCUCCAGAAAGGGGACUCCCCACGCCGCAAGUCCUCCAGAGAAAUAGCAGCACAAUGGACCUGACGCUCUUCGCAGCUGAAGCCAUCGCCCUUAACCGCCAGCUGUCUCAGCACGAGGAAAAUGAACUGGCAAAGGAGUCAGAGGCGCUGGCCGAGGGCCUCUGCUCUGUGAGGCUCUCUCCUCCCUCCAAGUCACGCCUGGCCCGCCGGAGGGCCCUGGCCCAGGCAGGCCGCAGUGGAGAUGCAGGCCCAUGCCCAACACCCUCAGCACUCUGACCCACUCCAGUCACACCUUCCAGGCUCCAGACCUGUCCAGGAGUUGCCCCCCUGGAAACCUGUGAGGCCGAAAUCUGCAGAGCAGGCAGAGGGACCUGCUCUGUGGCUCCAUCCAGGGCAUUUCAUCCAUGAAGGCCCUGGGUUCCCACCCAACCCCCCAUUAGCCAGAGUUCUCAAGGAAAAAGCUUUUUCCGAAGGGGUUGUCUUUGAAAAGGAAAGCAAUCACUCGUCACUUUGCAUAAUCGCCUGCGGCAGGGACAUCUCUUUGCGGGGCUCCAGCCCACCUGCUCACCCGCCUGCAGAUCUAGGAUCCAGCCUGCUCUCACGGGCAGGCAGCAGUGGCGCUGGAGCUGCAGCCAUCAGGGAGCCAGCCUUGAGAAGUGUCAGUUGACAGAGGCUCUUCCCUCUUCUGCACUGUCACCCCUCUCUGGCAGUCCUUCCACCUUCCUCUGUCCUCCGGACGUCCUCCCCCUCGGCUGAGCAAAGCCAUCCCCUCAAUUCAGGGAAGGGCAGGGAGCCUUCUGCAUUCAGGAAGCCUGAUCAGUCUUCCAGUCUAUAGCACAGAGAAGCGCAUAAUCUUUCUUUGCCAUGACCGAAGUGUGUCCCUCAUUUAUCAUCUUCUUCCUUGUUUGAGAUUGCUGCUAAAGUCAGUAUUAUUUUGUUUAAAAAGUGUUUGUUUUUUUAACCAUGCUCUUCCAGCAAAGAUGGGACUUGAAACUCCUGCUGCAAGCCCGUGGACUUUGCAGAGCUGUAAUGGCUUGCUCUUUCCUGAAUGGCCAUGCAUUUGAAAGGUUUUAAUCAGCUGUUUCCUUUUAUUCUAACUGGUUUUAAGCUGUUAGGAUGAUGAGCUACUUAGAGCCCACUUCUGUUGCUGGGUCCCUCCUGCCUGGCGUGAGGGCAGCUCAGCUCUGGGGCAGUUAAAAGGAGCUCUGAUGUGGAGCCAGAUCGGAGGCGGCCUGGCCACCCUGGUCUGAGCCAUGCGGUGCCUGCUGCAGAAAGCACGGAGGAACAUCCGGUGUCAGCUAUGCUGAGCUGCCCAGUUACCUAAAGAAAAUCGAUUUGCACAUGACAGACGUUUCUACAACACGAUGCUAUUAUACAUUGUGCUUGUUUUAAUAAAACUGUUUUAAAUUCUA